AACGCGUUCUUUGAGGUCGUCGCUUCUUGAACAGGACUGCGCAAGAAGAAGAACAAACACAACACAAACAAGAAAGACAAAGGAAGAAAAAUAAGAAAAGAAGAAGAAGAAGAUGCAGUGUCUUGGGGCUAUGGAUUCGGUAAGAGUAGCACCAGCGGCUUCCUUAUCCGUCUCCGGAGCUGCGCCGGUGGGCAAACAAGUAAAUUCCACGACUCCUCUUCACCUUCGCAAUUCCACUGGGCCUCUUCCUGGCUCUUCUCUAAUCUGCACUCUUCCCAAUGCUUUCUUCUUCACGCCUAAGCUUCCUUCUCACAGGACCACCUCCUUUUGUUGCUUUUCUGUGUUGUCUCCAGAGCUCAAGACUACGCUGGACAAAGUUGUUACUUCACACAAAGUGGUUCUCUUUAUGAAGGGAACAAAGGACUUUCCGCAGUGCGGAUUUUCACACACGGUCGUGCAAAUAUUGAAGUCCUUGAAUGUACCUUUCGAAACGAUAAACAUACUGGAAAAUGAACUAUUGCGCCAGGGAUUAAAGGAAUAUUCUAGUUGGCCGACCUUUCCACAGCUUUACAUUGACGGAGAGUUCUUUGGCGGUUGUGACAUCACUGUUGACGCAUACGAAAGUGGCGAAUUGCAGGAACUAUUGGAGAAGGCAAUGUGCUCCUGAAGCUUUGUUGGUCAAAGUACAUGAUCAAUAGUACAUUUACUAUAAAAUUGCUUUAAUAUAAUCUAGUCCAUGUUCGUGUACUUUGAUUGUUUUGCAAUGGAAAAAAAGUUGUAAAUCAAAGAAGUGUUUAUUGCAUUAAGCUUGAUGCCUUGAUCUGCUGUUUAGCCACUUUAAAACAGCUUAAAUUUUCAAGACACAUUCAUGAUACCCUAAAUUCAUAGUUUUCUUUCGUAGCUCGAAAAUACAUCCUUGACUCCAUAUUUAUAGAGCAUGGCCAUCUGCCGAGAAAAUAGGAAGACCAGAAAAGUAUCAUGUCAUUAGUUUGGAUUAGACCGCAUAAGUUCUUGAAAAACAAUAAGCGACAUGUAGUUUAGGCAUAGAUAAACACUUGCUUUAAGAGUUAUAACACAUCAAACGUCGUUUCUUGACGAAUAGAUGACAUUUAUGACAAUAGGAAAUUUUAAUUAGGAACGACAUGUCUUUUCUUCAGG